CGUUUCUAAUCCUUCCUUCCUUCUUUCCUUUCUUCCUUUCUUCCUUCAUGGCGUUCUUUCUUUCUUUGAUACCUAUCCAUGUGUUUCCAUAUACGUCCGCAUUACGCACUGUCCGAUGUUAUGUUUAGUGGAGUUGAUGCAUUUUGUGUGUUCUCGUUUGGGUGGUGGGGUGGGGCGUGGGCAGCUGGGACGAUGAAUCUUGAGCACAGUACAGUACAGUACAUAGACAUGACACGCGCGAUCCUUCGGGCUCUGUACAUACAUUAUGUACAUACGAUAAGAAAGAAAAUAGUCGGCGAUGCGCACUGCGCAGCGCAGGCAGCGAAAGCGGCUGAGCCAGGACUUGGCCAGGACUUGGCCCUGGCGGCGAAAAAUAUCUGUGCAGUGCAGUGCAGACGCACACACAUCCAUCACACGACACCGGCAACCCAUUUCGGUUUUUGACGACUUCUUCAGAGUCUUCAGCCGUUCCUGGCCGUGGACGGUGGAGCAGUCAAUCCAGUCAACCAGUCAACACUGCCCCACCGAAAGAUACGCCCCGAACCCCGAUCAUUAGAACUUGGAGGACAUGCCAACGUGUCCUCUGGCUUGGCUUGGUCUGCUGCGAUGUCAGCUCCAGUGCAUGUGCUCUGUGCUCGGGACUUGCCGUUGCAGCAGACGGUUCGUGGGAGGGCAAGUGGGUGCGUGGGAGGUGCGUGGUGGGUGGUGGGUGCAUA